AUUAGCUAUUAGUAGAAACAGGCAGACACUAAAAGAUGAAGCGUGCCCGUUUUGCCGGUGAAUUUGCACACCCCGUUACUGUCCCUCCGGCCAGCCAGACCUCUCCGAGGUGCCAGUGAAGGGACGGUGUGUGUAUGGGCAUCUGUGUUUGGCGGGGGUAGCUGACUGCCUGUUGCUGCAGGCCAUGAGGCUCGGCUUGUUUGCAGCUGACAGCGCCCCAAGGGCGUGGCUCUGACCCACAUUCGCCGAGGAGCUGCUGGAUCGGGAUAGACUGCAGGGAGAGUCUGAACCAGGGAAAGGAAAUUGAAUCAGAAGAGGAGGGGGUGGUGGAGAGAGAGAAAUGGGAAAGGAAACGGGUACAAUGGAGAGCGGGGUGAAGUUUGAAGAUGAGGAAUUUUUAAAAUCGAGCAGAUUGCUUUCUCACCGAGAAGAAACGCCGCCAGAAGAGAAAGAGCAUCACAAGCGAGACCCUCACGGAAUAAACACUCAUGUCAAGGUCUCUUUCGAAGAUGUGCUUGCAGAACCUGCUGGUACGCAAAGUUUCGACGGAAUCUGGAUUUGCAGCCACGUCUCGUUUGAGUUCAGUAAAUUUUUGCUGUACAAAGUGCUCACUCUGAUCCUCGCCAUUCCCCUGGCCUUCAUCAUUGGCAUUUUCUUUGCCGUCUUAAGUUAUAUCCACAUUUGGUUUCUUAUGCCCAUUGUGAAGUCCUUUAUGAUGAUGCUGCCCUCUUUUAAAUUCAUCUGGAAAACUAUUAUGGACAAGUUCAUUUCUCCUCUGUGUCAGAGUAUAGGACACUGCUGCUCUGCAGUCAAUUUCCGCUUCACUCGAACUUAAAGAAGCAAGAAAAAGAUGGUUGGUGAUCCGAGGACAACCAGUACCUAAAAGGAUUUUUUUCCAGAUCUUAUGAAAAAAGACUAACAUUAUCUUUCUUAUAUUUUUCAUUCCAAAUGCACUUUCAGAAAGUAUCUGACAUCUUUUUAAGUAUAUACGCACUUUUGCAUAAAGUUCAUUUAAGUAUGUACACUUCUAAUUGAUAUUUUCUAUUAUAAGCCAGGAUGCGCACUGUCUGGUAAUUAAGGAAGAUUUUACAAAGAUAUUGCCAUGCAAUAAUUAAAUCUUGUAUUAUAUAUCAAGAAAUGCUCAUAUCCACUUAAUACCAUAUGUUUAAAGCAAAAUCCAAUCAUUUGAGAAGAAACAGCUAUAAUUUUUUUAAAGUUUUGAGUGUUGGAAAUAGAUUAGUUUCAGUAAUUAUUUUGUUAUUUGAAAAUGUUAGAAGGCAAAGCUGAAGAAAUAGAAUUCAUUUCACCUGCUUCAGGCUGAACAAUAAGCAGCAACCAUGCAGACAGCGUAUUUGCAAAAGUAACAAGAUAUAAAUAAUAUUCAAACAAAACAAUUUGUAGUACAUAGCACAUUUUCAAAAUAUGAUCGCCAACUCUCCCAGACUUAAUUUUUAUGAUUAGGGACUUGUGUUGCUCUUAUUGUCAUAUUCUCUUAUGUCUUCCUCACUGGCCUUAUGACUUCAUCCACCCUAAUUUCCAACUGGUCCAAAAUGCUCAUCCAUCAGUUUUCUUUACUGAACUACAUUGGCUUCCAGUUCUGUGGUACAUUAAGUUCAAAAUUCUUACCUUCAUCUUUAAAUCCUGCUAUUGCCUUCCCCUAUCUUAUCUCUUCCAACUCUGGGUUUUUCUCCAUCCCCUCAUCCGUUUGCCAGACCAGUAUUGGCAGCUUUUCAUCACCGUCUUACUAUUUUAUUGGAUAGCCUUCCCUGAAACCCUCUGCCUCUGCUCUUUAUAACUUUCAAAUCCUUUUUAAAAUCCAAGCUUUCAGUCACUGCUCCUAAUGCCCUCAUCCAUGUCUCGACAUCCAUUUACUUACCUAUUCCUCUUUCCCACUCUUUCACUGCAAAGCACAUUGCUAUGUUAAGGACAGUAUUUAAAUGCAAGUCAGGUUGAGCAGUUUGGGCCUAUACUCAUUACAGUUUAGAAGAAUGAGAGGUGAUCCUAUUGAAAAGUACAGUACAAAAUUCUGAGGGGUUCAACAGUAAAUGCUGAGAGAAUGUUUCCUUUUGUGGGGGAAUUUAGAAUUAGGGGGCACGAUUUCAAAAUAAGGGAUUUCACAUUUAAGAUGGAGAUGAGAAUGAAUUUCUUUUCUCGGGGGCCAUUAGUGUUUGGAAUUCUCUUCCGCAGAGGUCAGUGGCGGCUGGGUCAUUGAAUAUACUCAAGGCUCAGUUAGACAAAUUUUUGGAUUCACAAGGGAGUCAUGGGUUAUGGGGGGGGGUGGUGGGACAGGCAGGAAAGUGGAGUUAAAGCCACAAUCAAAGCAGCCAUGACCCUAUUGAAUGAUGGAGCAGGCUCAAGGGGACGAAUGACUUACUUCUGAUUCUGUUUCUUAUGAUCUAAUGUAAGUUGUUACAGGUGUGGUUGAGUACCCAAUGCUUUAAUUGAGAAAUGAGAUUCAGAACAAUCUCAUUUAUUUCUGCUCAAAUGAUUAGGUUUUACUUUAUUCAUGUCCACUUGAUAUGGUAAAAUUAUUCAAAAUCAGAAUAUGUAAACACCUUUAUGAUGCUGAAUUUUGUGACUUCAUUGGCCAAAAUUAUGCUAUUGUAACAAUGUACAAUAGUGAAAUGUUGGUCAUCUUUUACACAUUGUAUUUUGCAGUUCUUUAAAAGAUUGUGUGCACUGCACUUAUGUAAUCAACUGUUUAUAUAAAUCUACUGCGUAAUGUUUGUACAUCAGUGGAAUAGCUACACCUGUGUUUAAAAAGGCUGAGCCCUGUGCACAGAUUGUACCCAGUUAAGAUUUAUUUUGAGGUACCAUUAUAAAGUUAUAAAUUAAAACAGUUCAGUGGCA